AUGGGGAAGAAGGCCACGCCGCGGACGAAGGGUUCUGGCGGCAAGGACAAGAGGUCGGCCGAUUCCAAGGACAAGAAGCCUAGGGCCAAGAAGUCUUCGACUUCAACGGACACCUUGCAUGGUGGGCCCAAGACUUGUGUCACCCGCACCCGGAGCAUCUCGAACACCUCGGUGAUGGGCGAAAACCAGCAGCUCGUUACGGACUUUGUGAAGGCGACGCUGGACAAGACGCCGGAAAUGCUUCGAGAGGAGUUUGCGAAACAUAAGAGAGCCGCGGAUAAGGACAAGACCGUCGCCUUCCUAAAUAACCAACCGAAGAACCGCUACAAAGAUGUCCCGUGUCUCGACAAUGAUCGUGUUCUGCUACAAGGCGGCGACAGCGACUAUAUCCAUGCCAACUACGUCUCGACGCCAAAGGAUCAGAGGCGAUUCAUCUGCUGUCAGGCGCCUAUCAAAGAUACUCUGGCCGACCAUUGGAAGAUGAUUGUUCAACAAGACGUCGAAAGCAUCCUCAUGCUGUGCAACUACAUCGAGGGACCGAUCGAGAAGUGCGCUGCAUACUUUCCCACCAAGAAAGAACCCGAGAUGACCUUUGGGCCUUUCACUAUCAAGCUGAUCAAAUUGGAAAAGUUGAAACUGCCGGACUGCGAGACGUCGGCAAAAAUCAUGGCGUCGAGUUUGGAGGUGAAGCAGGAUGGUGUGAAGGUGAAGGACGUCAAGCAUUAUCACUGGGUCGAUUGGCCGGACCGCGGAGUGCCACCGAUUGAUCAGGCUCCUAUCCGCCUGUUGAACCUGAUCACGACCACAACUAAGCCCAUUCUCGUCCAUUGUUCGGCGGGCGUCGGCCGCACUGGAGCGGUCGUCCUGGUGCAGUACGCGCUCGAAUCUAUCGAGAAGGGGCAGCCUGUUCAACAAAUGGACACGCUGAUGCUGAAGGUGCGCGAACAGCGGGCCAACUCUGUGCAAAAUGACGCGCAGUACGUCUACGUUCAUAUGCUCCUUCUCAACUAUUUCCAGAAGGAGGGCCUAAUCGUCGAGCCCGAGCUUCAGAAUAAAUUCAAGGACACUUUCACUCCAGCUUACAACAAAUUCGCAAAAGCAGCUGAGGUCAAGCUGUCCGCUCCGGCCAAGAAG